ACGGCACACUUGUGCAGCCCUUGAAAGGAGGAAGUGCACCGGGCAGAACGGAAUUGCAGGCGCAAUAUUUCAACCCCCUCGCACGCGUAGGAAGCCAAGGCUUAUGUUUAAACGGCAGCGGUCAUAAAUCGUGAAAGAAAGAAAAAGCUUCGCCCGUACUUCCCGGGAAGAAAGAAGGCCGUCGCUAGAUGAGUCGUUCAACGCAUCCUUGUUUUUCUGCGCGUUGUAGGCAAGGUGUACGGCGACGCCCCGCAGAAAUAAUGUGGACGUUGCAGGUUUGGCUGUUGUUGACGGCUACGUUGCUGAAUUGCUGCCACAGCACCUAUGGAAGCAACAAGGAGCCGAACAUGAUUCCCGGCCGAAGCGUGAUCGUGCACCUGUUCGAGUGGAGAUUCGACGACAUUGCCGAAGAGUGCGAAACGUUCCUUGGCCCGCGCGGCUACGGCGGUGUUCAGACAUCGCCGGUGAAUGAACAUGGCGUCGUCUUUGGAGAGACCGUUAAACGACCAUGGUACGAGCGGUACCAGCCUGUCAGUUACAAAAUUGGAAACCGGAGUGGCAAUGAGACCCAAUUUCGUGACAUGGUUCGCCGCUGCAACCAGGCCGGCGUCAGAGUGUACGUGGACGUCGUGAUAAACCACAUGACCGGAAAUCUGGAGAUAAAUAAGGGCACAGCAGGGAGCACGUUCAGUUACGAUGAAUUCAGCUACCCCGCUGUACCCUAUGGUCCCGAUGACUUCAACAAGAAGGAACAGUGUGGGAGCCAAUCAGGUGGCAUCGACAGCUACGGGGACGCACAGCAGGUGCGCAACUGUGAACUAGUCGGGCUCCGUGACUUGAACCAUGGUAGAGAGCACGUUCGAGCCAAGGUUGCAGAGUUCCUGAAUCGACUGAUUCGCUUCGGCGCGGCCGGAUUCCGCGUUGACGCCGCCAAACACAUGUGGCCUGCUGACCUCCAAGCCAUCUAUGCUAGGCUGAAUGACCUCAGUACAGAGUUCUUUGCCCCGGGAACUAAGCCCUUCAUAUACCAGGAGGUGAUCGACAUGGGCCACGGCGAGCCGGUCACCCGUUGGGAGUAUCGCCACCUGGGCAGAGUGACCGAGUUUCUCUACGGCGCUAAGCUCGGAGCCGUUCUGAGGAAACGACCGAAUGAGCUGUUGAAGAACCUGAGAAAUUUUGGCGAGGACUGGGGUUUCCUUCCGGGUGGAGACGCGGUGGCUUUCGUGGACAACCAUGACAACCAGAGGGGCCACGGAGCCGGCGGCGCGGACAUCCUGACAUUCUUUGAGCCCCGCCUCUACAAGAUGGCCGCCGUUUUCCUGCUCGCGUGGCCCUACGGAUUGCCUCGCGUUAUGAGCAGCUACCGCUGGCACCGGGAUUUCCGCGAUGACGUGGACCAAAACGCCUGGUUCGGACCGCCGUCGGAUGCCUCAUGGAACAUCCAGCGCGUCAUUCGGCACCGUGACAACACUUGCGGAGGUGGAUGGAUAUGCGAGCACAGAUGGAGACAGAUCUACAACCUUGUCGAGCUGCACAAUGUGGCGGGGUUCUCACCUGUCUCCAACUGGUGGGACAACGGUUACCAUGCAAUCGCAUUCGGCCGUGGAAACGCGACGUUCGUGGUCAUAAACAAUGAGGAUUUCCCGGUCGACAAAGUUCUUCAGACAUCUCUACCAGCGGGAACAUACUGCGACGUCAUCUCUGGCGUCAAGACUUCGACCGGUUGCACUGGAAGGUCAUUCGUCGUAAAGCCUGAUGGCAAAGUGGAUGCUACCGUAGACAACUCAUGGGAGGAUCCUGUGAUCGCGCUGCACAUUGCGGCAAAACUCCCAAGUACAAUGUGAAAAGCCCACUGCAUCCUCCUAUAGCUGGAAAGAUACAAAAUAUUAUAAAUAAUGUUAUCACUUCUUUUCAAUUGACUAAAUAUAUUUCUUUCUCAGCAUGCCGUACUGUGUAACUUGCUACAGCCUUUCUCAGCAUGUAGCAAGUAACAUAGUGUUGUAAUAUAUUGUCCUGCAACAUUUCGCGACCAUU